AUGACUUGUAUGACUGCACGCGAUGCGAGAGACGUCGAUAUUGUUCACCGCAGUGUUUCUAUACCACCACCGCAUGCCACGCCGUGGUGGUGGAGCCGCGACACGGAGGCAAGGAGAUUCUUUGACCACUGUAUCGCCACUGGCCAUCCAGAGCUUCUGUUUUGGGAGGCGCUUCGGGAACUCUUCAUGAGACGAAACGAAGACGUUGGCUUCCAAAUGCUGAAUAGUGCAACAAGUAGAGGCCAUGAAGCAGCCAAAUACGCACUCUUGAUGACGUUGCUACUUCACAGGGACGACAACGAGGGAAACCGAAGAGGGCUCGAAUUGUAUCGCGAGCUUGAUGCGGCUGGUUUACUCGCCGAUUGUAACGCAAGGUGCUUUUCAAUUCUGACAAUAUCGUGGCCGGUUGAUAUCCAAAUGCCCCAUAUAGAAGAACAACACACGAUGUGUGCCUCGCCGAGGUGCUCCAGCAGGGGCCACAUGGGUCUUCUGUAUGACUAUCGCAGACGGGCAGCAGAGCGAAACUCCGUCCAUGCUUUUGGAGGGGCCGCUCAUAUCCCCUGCAUCCACUGUCGCGCGGACUACGAGUUGCUAGUCUUCGUCAACAUCCCAUGA